UCGAUCGCUCGGUGGUUGUUCGCUAAUGCCUGAUAAUCGUUGCUUGUAAUCCAGCGUGGCUGUUCACGGCCUGGUAAACAGCUGCAGCGUGAAGUUGCUCGUGGUAGAUCAUUUAUUUUAGGAAUAUUAUUUUUUCUGAAGUUAAAGAAGAUGGCAAACGACGGUGCAAUAAAGCUUUCUAAAAAUCUCUUACGGAUGAAGUUUAUGCAGCGUGGUCUGGAUGCAGAAACAAAGAAGCAGUUAGAAGAGGAGGAGAAGAGAAUAAUCAGUGAUGAACACUGGUUCCUGGAUUUACCUGAACUUAAAGAGAAAGAGAGCUUCAUUAUUGAAGAAAGAAGUUUUGUACCUUGUGAAAAUUUGGUGUAUGGAAGAAUGUCUUUUAAAGGAUUUAAUCAAGAUGUUGAGAAAUUGAUGAUUUUGAUGAAUUCCCAAAGCAAGACCAAUGAAGAAGAGGAGAAGGAAGACUCGAGGGAAGCUGAUAUUUCUGAUGAGGAAAUGGCAAAGAGAUAUGAAACCAUGGUGGAGAGCAUUAGGAAAAGGUUCAAAAAGAAGCGUGACCGAGCUGAAGAAGAGGAUGUCCGGGGUCCAGAUGUCAAGAAAGCCUUUCUGAAACCUCAGGAUUAGACUGGACUAGUACAAAUGUUUCAAAAUAAUUUUUAAAUAUUUCAUGUAAAGAAAGAGAAAUUGCCUUUUUAAAAUUUUAUGUAGUCUUCAAUUGAUGCUUUUGAAUAAUUCUGAAAAUUACUUUAUUUGGAUGUUGUGCAUCCUUCAUUUUCUGUUAUUGUAAGACACUCUGAAAGUCUGUAUCUAAGCAUUGGUAGUCCUUUAUUGGGACUAAAUGCUGCUAGUUAGAUAAUGCAAAUCCAAAUGUUCUGGUUAAAAAGGGCCAUUGAUUUUGGCACCAUUUUUAUUUAUUUACAGUAUUCAAAGUUUACAUUUUAAGGUUUUUGACACUUUCAGUCAAAUAGAAAAAUGUCAACUGAUUUCAAUUUUUGUUACAUUCAACCGAAAAUAAGCAUUGCAAAAUCAAACAUACCAGUUAGAAAUUAAAAACAUUUUAAUAUUUUGAAAAAUGUACAUGACUGUUUUGUAAUGCAUUAGCUUCAGACAAUUUACAGUAUGAAUAUUGGCCUUCUUAAAAUAUAUUCUACUGAUAAAUACCAGCUAUGUAAAAUUCUGCAAAUAUACAGGAUAUCUAGUAAUUUUAUGUGCGCUUUAGUUUGGUAUUUUGAAUAACACAUCCAUUUUAAGCACAUAGUUGUUCACUAUUUUCAAAUAUAUUUAUUAUUAUUCUCUUAUGUUUUAUAAUGUGUUCUG